AGGGCUUGGGCGGUCCGGGGAGUUGCUUGCUGGUUCCUGCGGCUUUGUGUUUGGGGCUGUGGAGAGUAGCGACGUGCCUUAUGGAAGUGAGUGCGGCUGGUGAGAGCAGGCUGAGCAGAGGUGGUGGAGUCACUGGGUGGCUUGCAGGUGGUGGUUGGAACCCUUGUGUUAAGGCGGCACACUGCUUUAGCUGUGAGGUCGGGGUUGGACGAGCUUUAAGUGCUGGGAAUUGCUAAUAGAACCGUACAGUAUCUUGAGCUGAAGAGACCCGCAAAGGUCAUGGAGUCCAACUUCUGUCUCCACAUAGCACCGCACAAACAAAAUUCACACCCUACAUCUGAGAGCACUGUCCAAAUGCUCCUUGAGCUCCGGCAGCUCGGGGCCGUGUCCACUGCCCAGGGCAGUCUCUUUCAUGCCUACUGCCUUCUGCUGCAGACCCUGUCCCUAACCCCUAGCUGCCUCUCCCUUGACACCGCUCCAUGCCGUUCCCUCGGGCCCUGUCGCUGUCACAGAGAGCAGAGCUCAGUGCUGCCCCUCGGUGUUCUGUGAGGAGAUGCAGCCGCCAUGAGCCUCCCAUCAGCUCCUCUAGGCUGAAUCCAGCUGCUCCUCAAACACCUUGUCCUCUAAGUACUUCACUGUCUUUGCAGCCUUCCUUUUGGCACACUCUAAGGGCUUUAUGUCCUUCUUAUGCUGUAUCACCCAAACCCGCACUCAGAGCCUGAGGUGAGGCGAUGCAGCGGACAGCCCCUCCCCGACAUGGUAGUAGUGCUGGGCCUGUGGUACCCCAGGGCACAGUUGGCCCUUUGGGCUGUCAGGGCACACUGCUGGCUUGCAUUUAACUUGCAGUUAGGCAGAACUCCUAGAUCCCUUUCUGUAGGGCUGAUCUUCAGCGUCUUGGUCCUUAGUCUGUAUAUGCUCAGGGCUGCCCCAUCCCAGGUGCAGAAUCCAGCACUGCUCUUGGAAAACUCCAUGCAGUUGGUGAUUGCACAGCUCUCCAGUUUCUCAAGAUCUCUCUGCAAGGCCCUCGAGGGAGUCAGCAGCUCCCCCCAGUUUAGAGUUGUCUGCAAAUGUACUUGGUAUACCUUCAAGUCCUGCAUCCAAGUCAUUGACAAAAACAUUAAAGAGAAUUGGCCCCAAAAUGGCCGUUGUUUUCUAGUUUAAUAUUUUACUUCAGCCUUAGGCAUUGUCUGUUAAUAAACUCAGCUGCUGUGAAACUGUGAAAUGACCUCAUCUUAUGAAAGGGAGGGAGGAAGGAGGUAAACCUGAGCAGACAAGUCACAAGUGUGGGCUGUCAGGGAAGUGACCCACAGUCCAGAAGAGCAACUGGAGCUGGCCUUCUGUAUCUGAGUAGCUGCUUUGUGUCUUGAGAGAGCUGAGGUAGAAAAACCAAGGUUCUGCAAACCUUAAGUAUGGGAAGUUCUUCAGCAUCAGUCCCAGAGGCCCCCGCUCAUUUCAUGGCUCACAUGGUAUCAUUGCUGCUGAAGAUUAGAAGGUGUCUCUUGAUCAGCUAAGAUGGUUUUGAAGAAGAAGAAGAAGGAAAUCCAGGUUGAUGCGUUCUCUCUUGAUUGUCAGCAGCUUGAGAAACUUCAGGGGUUUUCAAAGGCUGAAGAGCAAAAUCUGGCAUCUCUGCUUCUGCACUGUGCACAACUGAGCAAUGGCAUCCAGCAGAUCCAAUGUAUUAAACAAAUUAUGCCUUUGGUAAAGGCGAUGGAUCAAAACUCUGCAUGUGAUCCCAUGCUUAAAGCUUGUUUGGAGAUCUUGGGAGAGACGUAUUUUUCACUGGAUGUGAAGAAUCCCCUGAAAAAAGUAUUAGCAAGUUCACUGAAUGGUCUUCCUGAAUGGUUUAUGACGUUAGCUGUACAAAGCUUUGUGUGCUGCCUUAGAGAAGAACUGAAAACCACAGAUGUAUAUUUGUACAGAAAAGUACUGGACAACCUUGCUUCUUGUAUGGAGGACUUCAACUUAGGUAGAGCAAGUAUUACGAAUCUGUUUGAAGAAGUUCUUCAGUUUCUGCAAAAGGCGCUACUUGACAUACAGGAAGAAAACAGAAGUAAUAAUGGAAAUCGCAUUGUUCAGACUCGGUUGAUGCAUGAUUUAUUGAUGGCCAUUAAAGUUGCAAUGAUGCUUGUACAGAAAUUGCAAGAAAACAUUCAGGGAAGUCUUUGGAAAAAUCAUGAGUCUUUUGUUUGGCAAAGUAUGUGUAAUUUACUGAAAAGCUCCUCAGACUUCCUAAUGGAUGAAACACUCCUACAGACUGUUCAGACUACCUCAGGACUGGCCUUUAUUCUGUUCACUAAAGCUAUGUAUGAACCUGCUGAAGAAUUACCUUCCUUGGUCAGUGACUUGCUCUGUGGAUCGAGGAAACUUGCAGGCAUGCCAGCAUGGUUUGUGAAUAACUGUGGGGCUCUGUGCACAGAGCAGCUCUCUGACUCUGUUCUUCUCUUCCUAUGCCAUGGAGCGCUGGCUAUGCUGGACUGGAAGAGUGGCAGCAUGGGUGAAAAUGGAGAGAAACUAUUACUAGAUAUCGCAUCAGUCUUGUUGUCUCUGAGUUCAGAGUUAAAAGAAUCCAGCAUGGCAACAUCUUUGUCUAGAAUUCUUGCUAUUUGGACUAAUUCAGCACUAGCUGCCCUUAUUCCAGACUCACCAAAUCUAAAAGUGAAACUUAAUGGGAAUUCAGAGGUGGUUGGGAAGCUGCUGGAAUACGUUUACACACACUGGGAACACCCUCUGGAUGCUGUUAGACACCAAAGCAAACUGAUAUUCAGGAAUCUUCUUCAGAUACACCGAACCAUCAUUGCUGCAUCUGAUGAAAAAUCAGACCCAUUCUUUGCAAGGCUAACCAGGCGUUUACUGAGUUUGGAAUGGCAUGUUAAAGGGAAAUAUGCUUCUCUUGCCUGUCUUGUGGAGUGUCUGGGCACUGAAAAUAUACUGCAGUUGGACAGAUCAAUUCCAGUACAAAUACUGAAUGUGAUGAAUGAUCAGUCUCUUGCACCCUAUGCUAGUGAUCUUUUGGAAACCAUGUUUACAAAUCACAAAGUCCAGUUUACUUCAGGUUCUCAGAAGAGCACUUGGAUUGACCAGUGGCAUGACGUCUGGGUUUCUCCUCUUCUUCAAAUACUGUGUGAAGGGAACCAUGACCAAACUACAUAUAUAAUAGAUUACUAUUUACCAAAAUUACUCAGAUGUAGCCCUGACAGUCUGAGCUACAUGAUUAGGAUUCUUCAGGCUUCUGCAGAUGCUAAUCUUGGCUCUUGGAGUACCAGAGGAGCUCUUGGAGCCCUGAUGGCAUGCCUAAGAACAGCCAGGGCUCAUGGACACCUGGAGCUUUCCAAUAUUAUGAGCAGGGGUCUUGUAUCCACUGAAUCUAUAAAACAGGGUCUAGUCCAUCAGCACAAUCAGGUUUGCAUCGAUGCUUUGGGUUUGCUUUGUGAAACUCAUCGUAGUACAGAAAUUGUGUCUGUGGAAGAAAUGCAAUUAAUUUUAUUUUUCAUUACAUACAAUUUGAACAGCCAGUCUCCUUCAGUAAGGCAACAGAUAUGUUCUUUGCUGAGAAAGUUAUUUUGUAGAAUACGAGAAAGUUCUCAGGUGCUUUAUAAAUGGGAGCAAAAUAAAACCAAGCAAGAGUUAUUUGAAGACUCACCUAAAAGGAAUCCUUUGGGGAUUUUGCAGAAAUAUCAAGAUUUCCUGUCAUCUUUAUGUGACAGACUUUUUGAGGCGUUGUUUCCUGGUUCGUCGCACCCAACCAGAUUUUCUGCCCUAAGCAUUUUAGGAUCAGUAGCUGAAAUAUUUUCUGUUCAAAAAGGCCAGGAGCAAGUUUUUAGAUUGGAUCAGGAGAUCAAUUCUGCUCGUGUCCGAACUUUGAUUCAGUGUUUUGCAAGUACUUUUGAAGAAGUAAAAGUCCUAGCGUUUGAGCUGUUGAUGAAGCUACGUGAUGUUGUGUUUAGUUUACAGGAUUCUGAAAGUCUAGAUCUGUUAUUCCAAGCAGCAAUGGAUCUUAGCACAAGUACCAAGCCGUAUGAUUGUGUCACUGCUUCCUAUUUGUUGAACUUCUUAGCGUAUCAUGAAGAUCUACAGCAUAUUUGUUUAGGAAAAUGGAUUAAGCAUAACCCCCAGAUGAAUGAAGACACAUCAGUAGGUACAGUGGAGAAGAACAUCUUAGCAGUUAUCAAGCUUUUGUUGGUGAAUGUUGAAGAAGAAAUAUUUCAAGCAAAAAAGUCUCUACUGCAAGCAGCAGCGUCAUUCCCAAUGUAUGGGAGAGUGCACUGUAUAAACGGAGCGUUGCAGCAAUUACCUCUUAAUAACUUGAUGUUUGUAACUGAAUGGAAGCAAAUAGUGGCAAGGCUCAUUCUGAUGUCAUAUGAACUCUCUGCUGUAGUAUCUCCAGUAGUGCAAAGCUCAUCACCAGAGGGUCUUAUUCCAAUGGAUAUUGAUUCAGAAACUGCUGAUCGCCUGCAUAUGAUUCUGAAAGAGAUACAGCCCCAGGACACAAAUGAUUAUUUUAUGCAAGCAAAAAUGUUGAAAGAACACUGCAAAAUACAGUCUGAAAAGCUGGCUGAACACAAGCCCAUGGAAAAUAUUUGCACAGAAAUGAGAGGUAAAGAAAGUCAGAUAUGUGAUGUCACAGCUCAAAUGGUACUCGUGUGUUGCUGGAGAAGCAUGAAGGAAGUAUCUCUGCUAUUAGGGACACUGUGUAAGCUUCUGCCUACACAGGCUUCAUCUGAACCUUCACAUGGGUUGAUUACUGUAGAACAGGUCAAAAAUAUCGGAGACUACUUCAAACACCAUCUGAUGCAGUCGAGGCACAGGGGUGCCUUUGAAUUGGCGUACGCUGGCUUUGUGCAACUUACAGAAACACUUUCGAGAUGCAACAGUGAGAGUCUGCGCAAGAUGCCAGAGCAGUGGCUACGCUGUGUUUUAGAAGAAAUCAAAUCUUGUGAUCCUUCGUCUACGUUAUGUGCAACCAGACGUAGUGCAGGAAUUCCAUUCUACAUACAGGCUUUGUUAGCUUCAGAACCAAAGAAGGGCAAAAUGGAUUUGCUGAAAAUGACAAUCAAAGAAUUGAUGUCCUUGGCAUCACCUUCGAGCGAACCUCCAAGUGCAAUUCCGCAGGUUCAUGCUUUAAAUAUCCUACGGGCACUGUUUAGAGAUACACGUUUAGGUGAAAACAUCAUGCCUUAUGUUGCAGAUGGAAUACAAGCAGCAAUUCUAGGUUUUACAUCACCUAUCUGGGCAGUAAGAAAUUCAUCUACGCUUCUUUUUAGUGCUCUAAUUACAAGGAUUUUUGGAGUUAAAAGAGGGAAAGAUGAAAAUUCCAAAAAAAAUAGGAUGACAGGAGCGGAGUUUUUCUCUCGAUUUCCAAGUCUUUAUCCUUUCCUUCUCAAGCAGUUGGAGGUUGUAGCCAAUACUUUGAACAGUGAAGAUGAAGAACUGAAAAUUCAUCCAAGUUUGUUCCUUUUGCUUUUAAUCCUGGGAAAGCUGUAUCCAUCUCCAAUGGAUGGAACUUACUCAGCACUCAGCAUGGCACCAUUCGUCCCCUUUAUUAUAAGGUGUGGACACUCGCCUGUGUACCGUUCACGUGAGAUGUCAGGUCGAGCCCUUGUUCCAUUUGUUAUGAUAAAUGAAGUACCACAUACAGUACUGUCACUGCUGAAGGGGCUUCCAGAUUCUACCAGUCUUUGCAUACGACAGAAUAACAUUCAUGGAACACUUCUUCAAGUUUCUCACUUGCUGCAGUCAUACUUGGAUUCAAAACAGCUUGGUAAUUCAGACUUUGAGCAGGGACUCAGUGAUAUUGUUACCUGUAUAGGAAGCAAACUGUGGUUGGCUAAAAGGCCAAAUCCUUGUUUGGUGACCAGAGCUGCUUUUCUCGAUGUCCUUGUGAUGCUGAGUACUCACCUGGGGAAUUCCCAAAAGCAAGGAAUGCAGUUUGUUGAGUUUUGGGAAGAGAUGAACAGAGUUAUUUCAGAAUGUGAACUGAUGACAGGUAUUCCCUACUUGACUGCAGUACCUGGACUGGUGCAGUAUCUUCAGAGCAUCACCAAACUUGUAAUAUCAGUGCUGUCAGUGACCUCAGCUGCUGACAUCCAGAGCAGCAGUUCACCCACUGCAAUGAAAAUAGCCAAGCCACCAUUGUCAAUAGUUCAUCUCCUUCACUCUGAGUUUCAUGAAGUACGUCUACUUGCAUUGGAAGCAGUACUGCUCUGGCUCAAAAAAGUGAAUGCCAAGCAAAUUGCAAAAGAAGGAGGUGUACUGUGUUUGCUUGUUGAUUUGGAGGGCGUUCUCCUCUCAAUGACUCUGAAGGAAAAGAAUCUCGAGUGUUUCUACAAGGUGCUGGAAAUUCUUUAUAAUAUGGAUCUCAGAAAUGUGCUUCCAAAGAUUGAAUGCUCUAUAAAAAUGAAUCCAAAUGAGUUCUUAACCUGGAGCUUAGACAUAAUGGAUAACUCCAACAGCACUGAAGUUCGAAGCAUGGCUCUCAAGUUUGCCUCAAAGUUCGUUGUACAUCUUUUAGAGAACCACCAGCAGAUUUCAGAAGAGGUCUUGAAAAAAUGGGUUCAACAGUUAAUUUAUUUCUGUGGAGAUGAGCAGGAGACAGAGAUGCUGCUAGCAGCUGCUGAAGUAUUUAGAAGUAUAACAUCAUUACUUCUGAUCAGUGAGAAGCUCGUUCUUGGUCUCUCUGAUACCCUCGCAAUGUGGAAAUGUGUGAUUCUCCUGCUGCAGAAUGAAGAUUUGGUAGUAAGGGAUGCAGCUGCUGAGGUUCUACAAGUUGCACAGGCUGAAAAAAAGAGCAGUAAAGGAGCAGGGUUCAUGUUUAGGGUCAUGAACGCUCCCCUGGCCCUGGACUUGGCCUUUGGCACGCUGUGUGAGCAGCUCCAGCAGUGGGGGCAGACGUGUGCCGGCAUCCCAGUGCUGCUGGAGUGGCUGCUGGGAGACAGCGACCCAAGGGGAGGCCUGGAGCCAUCCGCCCCAGAAGAAGACGAGUGCCUGUUUGACAAAGGGGAAGUGAACUUCUGGGCAGAGAAGCUGACCAGUGCCAGGCUGCUGGGUAAGCACCUGCUGCUGCUCGCCCAGGCGACCCACCUGGCCCUGCCGGAUGGAGGAGAGCUUGAUAGGCUCUGCAGAAGGGCCCAGGACCAAGCCCAGCUCACUGCCCGCCUCCUUACAGCCCUACCUCCGAGUCCAGAAUUUUUGAAAACGGCAGAAUUCACAAAACUGGCCAUUCAGAACGAGCAAAUAUCACUCUGCCUUAAAAUACUGAAUCUGCUGCAGUCUGUUGGCAAGGGCAAAGACGGAAAUCUGAAAGAGUAAAAUUACCAGAAGUUCCUAAAAAGUUACAGAGUUCCUAAAAGUUCCUUCUCAGGGAGCUGUAGGCUCAGCAGGGAGCCCAAUCCUGAGGGCAUCCAUGGAGCAGAGCUAUGGCCACGAUGAGCCCAGGAAGCCUGCCACGAACUAUUGGCUGUUCGUGCUACCAACGCAUUUUCCAUCCGUCAGCCCAUUCAUUUUUUGCCAGGUGUGCUGCUGGGGGGGACCGUUCCCUUUAAAUGCAUUUGCUAAUUGAAUUCGGCUGAGCACCGUUUGUUGCCGCUACUGUAGGAAGCGGAGCAGCUCAGCCUAACAUGUUCCACUCAGCCAGGUGCAGGCCACCUGGCGGGGUACGUUUUAGUCCAAAUGUUGACCUCCUGUAUUUUAAUACCAAGAAAAAGUUGGGUUGGUUUUUCUGUUUGCAGGGGAGCUUCUUUCUAUGCGUGGAAUGGUAAUUCUUAAACCGAUAGGGUAAAUUUUAAGUGUUACUUCAAUAAACCCCGGCUUCUCUCUUUGCCCUUGACAAGA